GGUAUUUAAAUUUCUGUCUAUAAAAUUAUAAUUUUUUUAGGAAAUUCAAGCUGACAAAGCUCGAACCAUGAAGAUUUACAUAUGUGGUUCAAAAGAAUCUGGUAAAACAACUCUCUACAAGACUUUAUUACGGAGCAAACUGCGUUCUAGAAUAACGGUUGAACGGUAUUUAUCUUAUGUUUGGCCUCCUAUCUACAACUUCUUUCAAAUAAAGACUAUUGCCAUUGAUAUUGUCGAAAAGGAUUACAUCCCGGGGGUGAAAGGUUUCUUCAGUUUCCGUGAGUUUUCAAGUAAAGCUCCGUACUUUCUGAUUAACGCGACCUUUACACACGGAAAUUUCCCGGUCAUUUUUGUUGUCUACGACUUGAGCGAGGAUGAAAACGAGUGUCAAAACAAGCUCCUUCAUUGGCUUAACCAGAUAAAAGCUAGCAGUAACAGAGAAUCGGUAGAGAGUCAACUAGAGAAUAUUCUUAUCAUCGCUACCCAUGCUGACUCUCCAACCGUAAAUGAUGUUAGCAGAGAAGCAGCUCAAGAUAAGGCUUCUAGAAUCUUAGAUUAUUGUAAAGACAAUUUCAGUGACGUGUUAAACAUGGUCGGUGAAAGACCGUUCCUAGUUGAUGCAAGAUUUGGCCGAGAUGAAGGUUUUGAGGAGAUUAAAGAUGCGCUUAAAAUGCUUAAAUCUACUUUGCAAUGUCCAAUCACCAUGGAUAGAAAUAUGUUGGCAGCUGAAGAUAAUUCACACCAAGUCUUACAUAGAAUUUGCGAUAAGAUUAUAAGGGCUAAACGAACUUGGAUUAGGCCUGUUCCAGCAAUUAAUCGACGAGACACACUCUGCAAUCCCAAAUUCCCGGUCUUAAAAUGGGAAGAAUAUGAAAGGAAAGUAUUAGCCGCUGUGAAAGGCGUUGGCAGAGAGGACGUUAAAACAAGUUUGAAAUCAGUGACAAACAUUCUCAAUGACUGGGAUGAGGUAAUUUUCGUGGAACGAGAGCAAUGUUUCGAUUCAUUAAUUGUACUGAAGCCCGAGUGGCUGACCAGUAAGCUGCUUGUGCCACUGUUCUUUGAAGAAGCAAAUUCGAAAUACUUAAUUCCAGUUAGUGAUGCAUAUGAAAAGCUCGAACUGAAAAGCAUCAUUCGCCGUAAAGGGUGGAACGAUUUUCAAACAGAUGUAAUAAUGGAACUAGCCGAACACUUUGGCUUAUUGUUUCCGUGUGACGGUGACGAUAAAGUUAUCCUUCCCACACGUCUUCCGGACGAAUCGCUAACAACACAAACAUUCGUAUCCGGGGUAAGCUAUGAAUUACAAAACGAAACAGAUAUCUUAUUACCAACUUUCUUUCCAAAGUUACAGUUCAAGCUCAAGAACAAAUAUAAACGCAUCACUCAGCUGUUCAGAUCGGGCGGGAGAAUAAAUGAUGCCGACGUCACUGGACACGUCCAAUUUUUGGAAAAUCGCAAAAUAUUCGUUCUUUCGAAUGAUCAUCCUGGGAGGAAAAAUGUAGAGGCACAGCAUCUUAAAAUUGUUAAUGAAAUUAGUAAGUGCAUUGAAGAAGCAGUAGGCGAAUGUUGUAGAGGCAGAGCUGUUAGACUCACGAAAAAGUAUUUUGACAGAAGCCAACUGCUAGGAAGGGCAAUAGGUACGAUUGCAUCUUUAGAUGAUAUUCCGUCGUAUACUGUUCAACAGUUAAUUCAAGCGGAACUUGAAACUAAUGGUAAAGUGGUGUGCGCAGGUCAUGCUGCAAGAGUAUUGGACGUCUUGAUGGAGGGACAUGAUUUCACAAUAAUAAAAGAGUUGGGACUUGUAUGUAACGUCGUCUGGCUUCCUGAUGAGAUCUACAAUGGUGCUGGUGGACUCGAAGUACUUUUCAGAGAAUUCAAUCUCCGUGAUGGUAAUGCUAAGCUAUUACUUAUCGACAAGCUGGGACUAAACGGAACUGAUUCCAAAAGAGAUGUGAAAUCACUAGUACGUGAAUGGGCAGCUAAGGAUUACAAAAAGAACAGCAUCGGAACAUUUUGCAAAAUGCUUGUUGAAAUGCACAGACCAGAUGCAGUGUCAGAGAUAAAGUCUGUGCUGACUCGCGUGCUUGAACAAGAUAUUUUCCAAAGAAUUUAUCCAGAUAAGGAAGACUGGACAUCCUUUGAUAUUGUGUGAAUUUGGUGUUGGUUGUUUAUGAUAUUAUCGCAGACAAGUUUACUUUUUCUGAUUUGCAUUUGAUCCCAUUCCAGCUUUCUGCUAAAUGUUGGUAGAAAGAGGCGAUGUAAAUUGUGGACUUAACUUUCGGUGUAUGUACGUAAAAAUAAGUUAUACUGCUAUUUAAAAAAUAAAAGAAAAUAUUUAAUUUUUAAAUUUAAUAUAG